AUUAAUCAUUGCAUUCUUUCUACUUCUCAUUUGUAAUUCCUAGUUCUUCUUUCUCUUCCUAGGUUGCGGUGUUAGAGAUCCUUGGCGCAGUGUGUUUGGUGCCGGGAGGCCACAAGAAAGUACUGGAAGCCAUGAUGCACUACCAGAAACAUGCCUCGGAGAGAACGCGCUUUCAGACCCUGCUGACGGACUUGGACAGGUCCACAGGCCGCUACAGAGAUGAAGUCAGUCUGAAGACCGCCAUCAUGUCCUUCAUCAACGCUGUGCUCAGCCAGGGAGCCGGAGAGACCAGUUUGGAGUUCCGCGUCCAUUUGCGCUACGAGUUUCUGAUGUUGGGCAUUCAGCCGAUCAUUGACAAACUACGCUCCAACGACAACGCCACCCUGAACAGACAUCUGGACUUUUUUGAGAUGUUGAGGAAUGAAGACGAGCAUCAGAUGUCCAAACAGUUUGACGUUGUCCAUGUAGAAACUAAAAGUGCGAGCCAGAUGUUUGAGCUGAUAAAGAGAAAUCUGAGCCACACUGAAGCUUACCCUCACCUGCUGUCGGCCCUGCAGCACUGUCUCCUCAUGACACGUAAGCAGAACCGCAACACCCUGCAGUACUGGGUGCUGUUGGACCGAAUAGUCCAGCAGCUGGUUCUGCAGACGGACAAAGGUGAAAACCCCGAUGUCGCUCCGCUGGAGGACUUCAACGUAAAAAACAUCGUACGCAUGCUCUGCAAGGAGAACGAGGUCAACCAAUGGAAAGAACAAGCUGAUAAAAUGAGGAAAGAGCAUCAGAACUUACAGCAGCGUCUGGAGAAGAAAGAGAGGGAGUGUGAGGCCAAGAACGAGGAGAAAGAAGAGAUGGUGGUGAUGCUGAACAAGAUGAAGGACAAACUGGAGCGAGAGAGCAACGACCACAAGCAGAGCCGACUACGAGUGGAAGAGCUGUCGGCUCGGCUGCAGCAGCUCAGCUCGGUUUCUAGUGUUCCAGGAGGACCUCCUGUGGCUUCCGGUAGUUUAUUUCCUCCUGGUCCUGUCCCGUUUUCCUCCUCUUCUCUUCCUCUUCCACCACCACCUCCUCCUCCUCCUCCAGGAGGCCCACCAGGUUUUGGUGGGGCUCCUCUAGCUCCACCUCUUCCACUCGGACUUUCACUAGGACCUGCCCAGAAGAAGAAUAUCCCUCAGCCGUCUAACCCCCUGAAGUCUUUCAACUGGAGCAAACUGCCCGAGAACAAGAUAAAUGGAACCAUCUGGAAAGAGAUCGACGAUGUCAAGGUGUUCAAAGUCCUGGAUCUGGACGAGCUCCAGAAGACCUUCUCCGCUUACCAGAAACCACAAAAGGAUGCGGGGGACGAACUCGCUCUAGCGAAGAAGGUUAAGGAGCUGUCAGUAAUCGAUGGUCGCCGAGCUCAGAACUGCAACAUCCUGCUCUCACGGCUGAAGCUGACCAAUGAAGAGAUCCGCAAUGCAAUCCUGACCAUGGAUGAACAGGAAGACUUACCUAAAGACAUGCUGGAGCAGCUCCUGAAGUUUGUUCCUGAGAAGAGUGACAUUGAGCUGUUAGAAGAACACAAGCAUGAGCUGGAACGUAUGGCCAAAGCUGACCGCUUCCUCUAUGACAUGAACAGCAUCAACCACUAUCAACAGAGGCUCCAGGCUCUCUACUUCAAGAAGAAGUUUGCUGAACGAGUGGCUGAAGUCAAACCUAAAAUCCAAGCUCUGAGUCUCGCGUCCAGGGAGUUGCUACAGAGCGGGUCGCUGCGUCAGCUCCUGGAGGUGGUUCUGGCCUUCGGGAACUACAUGAACAAAGGACAACGGGGAAACGCCUACGGAUUUCAAGUGUCCAGUCUCAACAAGAUAGCUGACACCAAGUCAAGCAUUGACAGAAACGUCACUUUGCUCCACUACCUGAUCACUGUACUGAAAAGGUCGUUCCCCAAGGUGGCAGCUUUCAGCGAAGAGCUGCAAAGUGUGCCAGAAGCUGCUAAAGUCAAUAUGACAGAGUUGGAGAAGGACAUGGGCAAUCUGAGAUCUGGCCUAAAAAGUGUGGAGGCGGAGCUGCAGUACCAGCAGGGCCAAUCCUCUAAGAGUCCAGCUGAUAAGUUUGUCCCUGUGGUCAGUCAGUUCAUCACCGUGGCCUCCUUCAGCUUCUCUGAAGUAGAGGAGUCUCUCACUGAGGCCAAAGAAGUGUUUGAAAAGGCCCUGAGACAUUUUGGAGAGGAGCAGUCCAACCUGCAGCCGGAUGCGUUCUUUGGGAUCUUCAACACUUUCCUCGCAGCUUUCUCAGAGGCCGAGCAGGACAACGAGAACAUGGCCAGACGCAAGGAGGAGGAGGAGAGACGGGCUCUCUUGGAUGCACAGCUGAAGAAAGACCGGGAACAGAAGGCAAGGAAAGCCAAAGCCAACGAAGAAGAGGAGGAGGGCGGUGAGUUUGAUGACCUCGUGUCCGCUCUGCGCUCCGGAGAGGUGUUCGAUAAGGAUCUGUCCAAAAUGGACCGCAGGAGACAGCGGAGAGGUAACUUGGUGGACGUCAGUCGGGAGAGAGCCGUUACAAAGCUGGACCAGUAACAGGACACCGUCUAACCCUCCGAAGGUGUUGUGUCGUUGGCACAGUGAAGAGCAGACACUGGAGCUGUUACAUGUAAUUUAUGAACCAUCGUGAAUGUAUCUUAAUGUAUUGACCUGAAGCAGAACACUGUUCCUUUAUAUGCUGUUAUAAUUAUUGAAUAAUAAUAAUAAUAAUUUCCCAAAACAGUCUGUAUGCUUGACCAGUUUUGAGGGGUUUUAUGUUCUUUAAUUAGACAAAAACGAGAAAGAGAAUAGUAACAAAAACCCAUAUAUGAUCUCAGAUAUGUGAUAACUUAUCAUGUUAUAAUAACCCUUGUAUAUUUGCACUAGUUUGCACCUCAGGCUCAUUUGGGAGUUCUUUCAGAAUUGUAAACAAAACGAAAUCUGUUCAUCCUCCAAAAAACAUGAAUGUCCAAUUUAUAACAUACCAAAUAAAAAAACUAUGAUUUAGUAACUGUCCUAUUCAAGUUACUUUAAACAACAGUUUGUAAAUAUGAACACAAUUGUAUCCUGCAGAAAUUGCAUUAAUUGCACUGAUGUAUUCCUUUUUAAUAUUUCAAAUUAUUUUGAACCAAACACUUGUUGUUUUUGGACUGGAUUGCAUUAAAAAAAAAAAGGAUAAUUAUAAUAGUUUUUCUCUGUAUAGCCGUCCACAACAAGAACAUCAGCUAAUACGAGAACGAUGAUGAUCGGAUGAUUGAUACCGCUCCGUCAAAAGUGGAGUUGAGAUGGAUUUUGAUUGGCUGUCAGUGUUUGUUUAUUGCCUUUUGAAAAUGUCCUCAAACUGAUCCCAACUGUCGUCGUUAUAGUCAGUUGAGUUAGAACAAUUUCUCAGGCAAUACAAUGCACAUAAGGUGAAAAUCCCGUGAAUCGGGGAGAGUUGAGAUUAUGUUGAUCAUUUGCAAACUAUAUUAACAAAUAUAUACUUGAACGCAUAGUUGUGUAAGUGUAGACUGAAAAGAACACAGUCUGUAGUUUAAAU